UUUGUUUUAGGGAAUUUCAGGUUCUACCUGUUUGCUUUCUAAGUCAUCAAAUCUGGAACAAACACCAACUUCCUCCCCGUUAGCCUUAACUUCCUUUUUGGGUAGCAAAGAAGCUCAAGACCAGAAGCAGACACCUGUUAAGAAAGAAAGAGUUCAAGCAGUAAUGUCAAAAAUAAAGCAGAGUCCUAAGAAGGUCAACUUGGUUGCUGCUUUGGUUCGUGGUAUGCUGGUUAAAGAUGCAUUGCUGCAAUUGCAAGUGACAGUAAAGCGAGCUUCAAGAACUGUAUAUCAGGGUAUUACUCAAGCCCAAGGAAAUGCCGUAAAUAAUCAUGGAUUGGAUGCAGAGCGCCUCAUUGUUGCCGAAGCGUUUGUUGGAAAAGGAUUAUUCCGGAAGAAAGUUUCUUACCAUUCCAAAGGAAGAGCCGGCAUCAAAGUCAAACCGGAGUGCAAGCUAACAGUUGUAGUAAGAGAAAUAACCGCUGAAGAAGAGGCGAAGAUUGCGAGGUUGAAGGUUCACAAUUUCCGCAAGCUCACGAAGCGUGAGAAACGGCUUGUGCCGCAUCAGCUUAUUGUGUCCAAUCCUGUUUGGGGCCGCAAAAACAAAUCUAGCGAUCAAAACUCGAGUGCCACUGCUGCAUGAGCUUUUUAAAUAUUUCAGAUUUUCAAAAUAGUUGUUUAAUGGUUGUGGCAUAUUCUUGUUAUCCAUCUUCAUGUGAUAGAAAUAGUUGUUAAGAAAUAUCCUGGCUAGUUUCACAUCUGAGAGUAACUCCAAAUGUUAGGAUAUGUAUGGAGAAAUUUGUCUACCCCUUAAUUCUAAGGUGGUUACUCCAAUGAAGACAUUGUGAACUGUUAGAUAGCUUAAUAUAUUUGAUUGAACUAUUUAAAGGUUCAUAAUAUCAUUUUCACAAAAAUGCUUUUAUGGAAACAGCCACCUCAUUCGAAUAAUAAAAUUGUGUUUGAACAAUUCCCCUC